UAAGAGCCUCGUGUUGAUACCGGAAGUGUGAGGGGUGUUUCCAGCUGAUCUGCACAACAGAAGGACCGGAGUCUCCCUCAGCAGCUACCCGACCUGCCUGCCCCUUUCCCCCGCAGCACGGCGGAGCACACCCCGGCGGCGCACGGCUCUCCAUCGGGGUCAGUCCGAGGCCCGGACCGGAGGGAGGAUCCUCGGUGUCCCUCCCGGUGCACACUGUCAUGAUCCCGGCGCGGAGAUGGCGUCCUUCCCCGGUUUGUGUCAGGCCGUCGGGCCCGAGGAGGAGAGCGCAGAGCUGGACGGGUCUCUGCGGCAGAUGCUGAAGGCCAUCGCGGACGAGAGGAACCGGCUCAGCGUCCGGCAGGAGACCAGCGGGCUCGGUGAGCUGGGGGGUCCCGAUGAGGCCCCCGGGCCGGUGCUCUGGAUGCUCUGCCCCCCGCAGGGAAAUACCACCUCGUGCGGCUUUAAGGACGACCGCAUCGUGUUCUGGACCUGGAUGUUCUCCACGUACUUCAUGGAGAAGUUUGCUCCCCGACAGGAUGACAUGCUGUUCUACGUCCGCAGGAAGCUGGCCUACGACGGCGUUGCCGGCGGCGACGGCAGCAACAACAACGAGGGCAAGAAGGUGGAGGUGGAGGUCUACAGGAGAGACUCCAAGAAGCUGCCCGGCCUCGGGGACCCCGACAUCGACUGGGAGGAGAGCGUCUACCUGAACCUCAUUCUGCAGAAGUUGGACUACGUGGUGACGUGUGCAGUCUGCACGCGCUCAGACGCAGGAGACAUCCACAUCCACAGGAAGAAAUGUCAGGAAGUGUUCGCGUCUCCCAGCAAACACGCCAUGGACAGCAAAGGGGAGGAGUCUAAAAUGAGCUACCCCAACAUCUUCUUCAUGAUCGACAACUUUGAGGAGGUGUUCAGCGACAUGACGGUGGGCGAGGGCGAGAUGGUGUGUGUGGAGCUGGUGGCGAGUGACAAGAGCAACACCUUCCAGGGUGUCAUCUUCCAGGGCUCGAUCCGCUACGAGGCCCUGAAGAAGGUCUACGACAACCGGGUGAGCGUAGCUGCUAAGAUGGCCCAGCGGAUGUCGUUCGGCUUCUACAAGUACAACAACAUGGAGUUCGUGAGAAUGAAGGGUCCGCAGGGCAAAGGUCACGCUGAGAUGGCCGUCAGCAGGGUGCCGACCGGCGACACCUCCCCCUGCGGCACCGAGGAGGACCAGGCGUCGCCUGUGCACGAGAGGGUGACGUCCUUCAGCACGCCUCCGACUCCGGAGAGGAACCGGCCGUCCUUCUUCUCUCCGUCUCUGAGACGCAAAGCGCCCCGAAACCGAAACGCAGAGAUGAAGAAGUCUCACUCGGCCAACGACAGUGAAGAGUUCUUCAGGGAGGAGGAGGACGAAGAUCUCCACUCCACCUCCAACCUCCGGUCCCGUUCUCUCUCUGGAACCGGUCGCUCUCUGGUCGGUUCGUGGCUGAAACUCAACCGGACCGACGAUUCCUUCCUGCUCUACUCACACCUGACCUACGUCACGCUGCCGCUGCACCGCAUCACCGCAGACAUCCUGGAGGUGAGGCAGAAGCCCAUCCUGAUGACGUAGCAGCGCUGACUCCCUCAGAGCAUCACUACCAAGUGCCUCCUGCAUCAGGCCAGAGACCACAGCGCCCCCCGGUGUCCAGACCGAGACCAACAACCAAACAUCUGCUUCAGAGGAGACGAACAAACCAGCCAUUCAGGAAGUGCCUCUUCUUCUUCUUCAGGUCACAUGACAUGAGUGCGAAAAGGCGAUUGGCUGAACUCUGACCAGGAAGUGAAGAAUGUGUUUUCUUGUAAAUAUGCUGCUGCUUUACUCACUGAGACGCCUCGACUGAAGGUUCUGCUUUUAAUCGUCGUGGUUUUCUUUUUUCAAUAUUACCCACGACGACGGGCCUCCAAGUGUUUUUGUAUGGGAGGAAACAGGAAGUGGAGAAACAGGAAGUGGAGACGACUUCAGUCCUUUAACGGGACAAAGUGACAUCACAGUGAAUUCACCGGUUUUCAUCCCUUUGACAAAUAUUUGUCUCAUUUAGUCUGAAUGUCAAAAAUAUGAGAAGAACAACUUUAUGUUCAUCACAACAUCAAGAAAUGUUACAAAAGUGCUCAAAUAACAACUUUAAGAAGCACAUCUGAGAACAUGUUACCAGCAAUUAUUUAGUAUUCACUUUAGUGUUUUAUCAGCAUUCUUUACUACCUACACUCUAAAUUAUUAAAAUUACUUCAAUAAAGAAAAUUAAAAGAAAUCACUUUUACUUUAAUUGAAAAAUGACCUAAUUCACAAUAUCAAAAUAAAAUCAUAAUUUUACCAUAAUUAAAUUACCACAAACUAAAAUGUAAUAAAUAAUAUUACAGAUUAUAUUAGUCUUUAAAUGAUAAACAUUUAACAAUCUCAUUGUUUGAUUUGACCACCAGCAACUUUUUUUAAAUCAACAAAUAAGAAAACGACUGAUAACUUAAAAGAAUUUAACUAUUGAUUAUUGACGAGAACACUAAUUGCCUUUUAUCAACUGAUCAUCUAAACCCUGAGCGAGUUAUUUAAUUAUUUCUAAUUGUAAAUUUCCAAAAAGUAUCUUUGAACUCACCAACAGUUUCUAAUGUGUGCAGUCACAGCGCUAUUAUUAUUAUUAUUAUUAUUAUUAUAAUAACUACAAUUUAAUUCUUGUUUAAAAAGAUACAGAUGAACGACAACUGUUGGUCAAAUAAAAGAACAUUUAAUUAUUUAACUGUUCAAAGAAAAAUCUUAAAAAUUGUAAAAACAAAAGUGUAGCAUUGUGAUUCUUUAACAAACACGUUAAUUAUUUUUUUUUGUUUAUUUAUCUAAACUGAAAGAACUCAACUUCAGGAGUCAAGAAAUUCACGACGCUAAAUUUGUGACUUUAAUCUCAAAAUAUAUUUAUUGUAACUUUACGACUUUAUAGUUUUUUCUCUGAAGAUCAAACUUCAGUUGAUUUAGUUAAAUUAGAAAAUGAUAUAUAUAUAUUAUUUUAGCUGAGGGUUUGAUAAAAGAAACUCUAGUCGACUUUAUGCUUUAAAAACCAAGUGGAAUAAAAUCAGCUUCUUGUU